CUCUAGACCGAAAGGGGUUAAUGCCUUAUGAAAGGUCCUGUGGGAAUUGUAGUCCUUAUCGCAGGCCCGCUCCCUAAUGUAGCGACACUGAUGGUUUUCAAAUGACGAGCAACAGCUGACCUAGAAGGAACGACACACUAGCAGAUGGUAUAUCUAUUUUAAAUUCAUAGGCGGUUGCAUAACAUCGUUCAGGAGCCUCUUCAAAAAGUAUGUAAAUUUCCUUCAACUUAAUUUGAAAACCAAACCAGUUCAUCCGUAAAAGUAACCCAAACGUGCUGGAAUUUCAGAUUUUCCUUUCUUACAAUGACAUUCUGAAGUAAACAUCUAACAUAAAAAUAGCUUUCAUCCACUUGAUCUUCAUUAAGAAAUGAGAUUGUAAUUUUCUACAGUAACCGGGUCACAAGGGCUCAGAGAUUCUCGAGCACAGCCACUCCACUCUAGUAGCCUACUUGCAAGGAUUCACUUGCUUACCCUAUGCCUUAAAAUGACAAAACCAUUUACUCCCAGAACCCCUCUAUCUCUCUCACGCACAUACAACUUUAGAAACCAUUACAUAACGACUAUUUCGUGUGCUCAGUCUUUUUCGAGAUCCCGGUUCGCUCCGGUCGUAUUUACGGCGCACCAGGAUAACCCGUCACAUGACCAACUGCAAUUCCCGUCAAUCCCUUUGACGCAUGCGCAGAACGCGUUGUCUGGCGGUGGUAAACAGACGUCAGAAGGGAGUCUUCGCCUCGAGUCAAAACAAACCAAGAAAGCUCUACAAUAGACGUUUGCCUAUCUCUGUCAACAGCCCAAGGGAAACGAUUUAGUAUUAAAUCUAUCAGACGAACUGGUUAUUAAAGAAAGGCUGGUUUCUUCGACUUUCACCGGAGGCAUUUUAACUCGUAAAAACUGAGUUGGCUAACGUUAACUAGGUGGCCAUCUAGUUACUCUCCGUAGUAAAACUACGCUUUGAAUUUUGUCCCAGAGGCCGACGAGCUGGCGGCUAAAUUCAGGAAGUAGACAAGGGACAACUUUUUGCCUGUUCGAGGAAUAAGGUGGACAUCGACUGUAUUUGGAUUUUGGAUUACUUCUACCGGGCGGACACAUUCGGCUUAGCUGUGCCCGCGUGAGCAUCGUGUGUAGCUGCGUCUCGAGAAACAUGGCAGAUGGUGACGCGCCAGCACACAGCGUGGAGGACCUUGCAAACUUGAACGACAAUAACACAUUGUUUUUUUUCGUAUGGUAAAGCCUUAAAACAACCGAUUACGAACGAGCACUCUUGUAAGACAUUGAUUUGGUAUUUUUUCAUGUAAAAUUUUAAGUUAAAGCGCGCUUUUUCGCCGGCUUUUCAAAUCAUUUAUUUUUUGCUCAUCAAACUCAAAGGAUUUGUGUUGGGGACACUUGAGAUGCACUUAGUCCGUUUUACUCCUUACAUUUUUUAUGUUUGUAACUCGAUGAAUCCUGAUUAACUCAAUAAUAUUUUGACAGGAGGUCAGUUGACUUUGACAGGCAGCUUUCCCAUUCACUUGAAUAAGUUACGUUUAAAAGGGCAGUAUUAUUACAUUGUGUGGUAAUUACGCUAGAAACACACUUAGUUUACACGUUUGAUUAGUGGACGACGUGAAGCUCUCAUAUUAAAGUGGUUCAUCGCUAUUUGUGGAAAUAAGCACGUUUGUGUAAUCUAAUUUUUGUACGUCUAAUUGCGAAAUCCAAUCAAGCAUCGCUGCUAGAAUAGGCAACGGUGGGGAUGUGGUUAUUUUGAACAAUUACGCGGUAUGCUCCUAUUGGUUUUGCAAUUCUACUUAUUUAACCGCAUCUGAGAAUUGUUGGAUUUAGCGAGUUUUUGUCUCUUUAAACGUGUUUAUCUAAAGCAAAGCUUGUCAAACGUUUUAUUUAUCACACCGUCACUCCAUAGUCUCCUGUUUUUAUUUUUAUUUCAGUACGAACUGCUACCAAUCCAGCUGUUUUGAUGUAGUGAUAAUGAUGUGAAUUUCCUUUGUUCUUUCUACAUAAACAAAGAAACCCCCCCAUCUUUGUUUGGCCUAUGUCCAUCAGAAGCUUUGUUAGUUACUAUUAAGGAGAUUAUUUGGCCCCUUUAAUCUCUCAUCUGCGGAUUAACUGACGCUAUAUUGGUGUGUUUAUAUUAUUGUGAAUUCGCUCCAUUACCCUUUGACUAAUGCGGUUAAAUUUGGUAACUAUAAUAAACUUGUAGUUGGAUAUAAUACCUCAAUCGUCCGUGAAAAAAACAAGUUACUCCACUGAUCCACAGAACACGUUAGUUUAUAUCAAGUCUUCUUCAGAAAUUGUCUGGAUUACAUCACAUAAUGGAGGAAGAAAACGUACUCCCGAUUGACCCAGAUUUUGAGCCGCAGAGCCGACCGAGGUCAUGUACAUGGCCGUUGCCUAGACCCGACAUCUCAGCUGUCAAAACGGGCGGGACGGACGGCUCAGAAUCUGCCGCUGGGACUCCGCCCACAGAGGAAGAUAAACACGACCCUCAGCCAUCCACACCUGAGCCUGAUAAAGUUGCGGUGUCGGAGGGAGGAGUCCUCACGGGAGUGGGCGGGGCUACGCCUCGAAAAGGCACUUCCAGACGUAAUGCCUGGGGCAACCAGUCGUACGCAGAGCUGAUCAGCCAGGCCAUCGAAAACUCGCCAGAGAAACGACUUACUCUUGCUCAGAUUUACGACUGGAUGGUGAAAACGGUGCCGUAUUUUAAGGAUAAGGGAGACAGUAACAGUUCUGCUGGAUGGAAGAACUCCAUUCGCCACAACUUGUCGCUCCACAACAAAUUCCUUCGAGUGCACAACGAGUCGACAGGGAAAAGUUCCUGGUGGAUGCUUAACCCAGAGGGGGGUAAGACCGGCAAGGCCCCUCGCCGCCGUGCCGCCUCGAUGGACAACAGCAGUAAACUGCUUAAAAGUCGCAUGCGGGCUAAACAAACUAAAAAGCAGGCUGGAGCAUCUGGGAUCGGAGGCUCCGCUGGUGCGAUGCAGGGUGAGGGCGUUUCUGGCACCAAUGGUGCAGACAGUCCUGGACCUCAGAGCCAGUUUGGAAAGUGGGGGGUGAACAGCAGCAGCCCCUCCUCUCGCGGCAGCCUGGAUGACCCUGACAUGUGGACGAGUUUCAGGCCACGCACAAGCUCUAAUGCCAGCACUCUUAGUGGCAGGCUUUCUCCUAUCGCCACAGGGCAGGAGGACGAAGAGGAAUUACCUGAGGACGGUCUCCUGGGGGGUUAUUCUACAGGUAAUCAUCCUCCGAUACUAACUGAGACCCUCAUGGAAGAACUGGACUUGAUCGACGGGCUUACUUUGAUGACGGGUCCGCAAGGGGGUGCGAGCCCAAGCACAGCCCCUCCUGCUCCUCCUCAGCCGCUGCCUUCUGCAUCCACUCUGCUGCCUCGAGGGUCCAGCUUUCCUUCAUUUAGACAGCUGGCAUCAACAAAGGCAUCGCAAGGAUCUACUCCGCCAGGGCCGCAAAACACAAGCGGCGGAUCCAGCACGAGCCCUUCGAAUUUUGGAAACUCGCUCUUCAGCCCUCUGUCAGGUCCUGGAUCCCACGGUGGUUUCAGUCCUCAUGUGCCCUCCAGCCUCGAGGCUCUUCUUACCUCUGAUUCACCCCCACCCAGCGAAGUCAUGAUGACCCAAAUGGAUCCUCUCAUGCCGAGUCAAGGAGGCCUUUUAGGCCUCGGGGGAUCUCUUUCAAGCAACCAGACCAAGCAAAGUCAAAUGAUGUUGAGUAAGAGCAUUGACACGAGCGCUGUGGGGCAAAUGUCCCUCCAGCCUCAACCCCAACUUCAGCACUCGCAGAUGAGCUUCUCAAUGAUGCAUUCAGGCAUGAACCAGGAGCCGCCUCAGCUCGCAACCGUAAAGACCCAGCAUCACGUGCCAGGGCUUCUGCAGCACGGAGCUGUCCCGUCACCUGGCGGGAAUGGAGGUCUGCAAGGUUUGGGCCAAUUUUCGACACCGCCCUGUUUUAUGCCUCCCCAGGAUCGACUGCCUACAGACUUGGAUAUUGAGAUGUUCACUGAAAACCUGGACUGUGACGUGGAAUACAUUAUCAACAGUGAUCUGAUGGAUGGAGAUUUGGUCGACUUUAACUUUGACCCCAUCAUACAGGGUGGACAGGGUUAUACCGGGCCAGCGACCACACAAAGUUCCUCCCACAACUGGGUACCCAGCUAAUUCUGAUAUGAAACAUAAAAACAGUCACAGGACAUUCCCCCAUUCAGGAAUACAAAAUGGACAGUCUCAUUUUUUUGCCUCUGCAUAUGCCACUGUACCUCAAACACACACACUGCUUUGGCUAACUUGGCUGGUUUUUCAAACCAGUUGACGAAAGAACCUACAUUUUAAGUGCCAACGUCAACUUGAAGAAUGUGCUGUUGGACAGACCAAACAUGGUCUUGAAACAUAUUUUCUUCUUUUGUGUUUAUGUGCAACACCUUUUUUGAAAGUUGCAGUUUUUUGGAGUUGUCUAGGCCAAUUGUGAGACAACCAAGACUAAACAAGCACAACUAAUAAACAACUAAUUGUGUUCAUUACAGUAAUGCAAAUGAUGAGUGACACCAGAGUAGUGUGAGACAGAGAUGGUACUCAUGUUCUUUGUUCUGAAAUACGGAACUCAUUCAGCCAGGAGGAUCAAACUCUGCAGCUUUUUUGGCGUCAAGUCUCGUUUGUUGAUCGGCAGCUGAGAGGUCGAGCAGUCUUACUGUUCUGGUAUAACUUGACAGUGACACAGCUGACAUGCUGUGGCUGUUGAUCUCAGACCCACUCCGAGGAACUCAACAUGGCACCACCGGAUUGUUGAGAACAAUAUGAAUCCUCUUCAUAUAUCAGAUCCUCUUGCGUGGCAAAGGUCUCACAGAGCACGGUGGAUCAGCCCGUGUGCUCUGAAAGCACUCUCUCAGCGGUACGACACUCGCACACCUUUUACGUGAAGGGGGCUGAAAGAUUUCAAGGUGGUUUGGGCGAUGCUGGUGUUCCAUUUAAAAUGGUUUGGCUUUUAUGACCUCUGCUCUCAAGAAGGUGUUUUUUUCUCUGUUGAACUAAAGAGUAGAGGCUGAUCAUUGAAUGAUUUGUCUGCUCUUAAGUGUUUUGUUUGUAACGACAACAGUAUGAAGAAAUGGUAUUUUACAUAGGACAUUUUGAUGCAUUUAAAUCCUGCCAACAGGUGAAAUAGCAUAGUGUUAUCGUUGGAAAUCGAGUGCCCUUUUGCAGAAAGCAAUAGCUUAGGAAAUAGUGUGUGUUCCCAAGGGGGUCUAUGUACGUGUGUUUGUGUGCAAACAUGUUUAAUGCUCCCAAAACUUGAUUCCAACACACUUGACACAGAAUUUAAGGUUAAGCUGAAUCAUUUCAUUUAUGGGGAGGAGCGUGUUAUUUUUUGGUAUUGGUGAGGUGAAAAAUCUUGAAGAGUAAGGCUUUAAUACUGUGUAUGUUAUGGUAUAUUGACUGUGUACUAAAGGCAAGGGGCAAAAGUUAUUUUAUCAAAAAGUUUUUCAUAAACAGCACUACUCACCUUUUGUUAUUAGAGAGCAAUAUAUAUAUAUAUAUAUAUAUAUAUGGACGUAUAUAUAUAUAUAUAUGGACGUAUAUAUAUAUAUAUAUAUAUAUAUAUAUAUAUCAAUUAAAAUUGUAAUGUUAUUGGGGAAAGAUACUUAUAAGAAAACAUGCUGUUAAUGUGCUUUUUUUACGAUUCUGAGCAAAAGAUAUUACAGAUCAUUUUUAACGGUCAUUUUCUAUGUAAUCUUUUAUUUUUGUAAAAGGUGAGAUGCAUGUAGAUUUUAUACAUAACCAAAGGAACACUAAGAACUGCAUGUCAGAGAGCGAGAGAGCGCAGCAGUACAGAUAAGCUUUACAAAAAACUCAAAUUAAUUAUAAAUUGAUUGAUUGCAUGAGUGUAUAAUACCAUGCUCUAAAAACAGAUUUGCAAUCACAGAUUGUGCUAAAAGAAGGAAAAACAAAGUUUUGCUUGCAUUACAAGUUCUUAAUUUCAAAGCAAUGUAGCUGAUUUCAUCUCAGAAAGCAAGACUGAUCCAACUGAAAAUGAUUAAUGCAAUGUUUCACGCUCAGGGUUACGAAUAAUAAUUAAAGCAACUUCUGUAGAGAAGUAGUGAGAUAAUCAUGUUAUAACAUCAUUGCUCAUGGCCUUUUCUAAAUUAUGAGUCAUUUAUGCAAGCCAACAUCACCAUAGAUUUUUUUAACAUUGCUAAAAUAUAUCUAAUGUUGCAGUUUAUUAUGAGAUUUAUCCAAUGUAUGCAUUUGUAAUUCCUACACACUUGUAAACUGCCAAUGAACACUAUAGCAUGUUGCUGCAAAGCAGAUACAGUUUUAAUGCCCUUUUUGUUUAAACAUACUUUUUCUGUAGUACAAGGGUUGACGUUGUGUUUUUAAUUUUUUUAGAUAAAUACACUGUUUUAAACCAGGAUUCUAAAGAUUUUCUUUUUUGUAUAUUGAGUUUUUGUUUGAGAGCUGGAUGUAAUGGUGUGAGUAUAUUAGAUGCUAAAGCACUCUCUCCUUACAAGAGGAAUAAUUUUUCUCCUAUUCAUUGGUGCUAGAUAUUAAAUAACAACUAAAGAGGGCCAUAUUGGAUUGGUGCAUAUUGACAUCAGGGCCUUUAAUAAUUUUAUGCAACACGUCUUGAUUUCUUAAUGUAGAAUAGUAUGAGAAAUUUACCUAUAUUUUAAUUCCCAAACUCUGUUUUAUAUAUAUUAUAAAGCUGUGAAUGGGGAGGGAGGGGCUUUGCCAUCUUGCCACAAAUGAUGUAACAAUGCACCUCAUGAAUGAUAUCAGCAUGAUUUGUUAUAACAAUUGAUGAUUCAGGCUAAAUUCAAUCAACCGUUUACAUUAAUGUGCUCAUACCUUUUCUCAUGUUUGUGUUUGUGUAAUGCAGCUUCUUUAAAGUGAUAGUUGAAAACACAUGGUACAGCUUUCAGAAAACCCAAGCGUUGACGGUCAGCUUUGACGUUUUCUUAAUGUACUUGAUUGGAUACAAAGUUUUCAGUCAGAAGUGGAUUUCUAGGGUUGACAGCUUGGCUCAGUUUUGUUUAAAGAGUUGGCUGUAAUGUUAAAUAAUGUAUUGGCUCCAUCAGGACACCUUAAAGGGAUAGUUAACCCAGAAAUGAAAAUUCUGUCAUCAUUUACACACUCACUUGUCAUUUCAAACAUGUAUGACUUUAUUCUUGAAGAAUGUUGAUAACCGAACAACUUGCAUUGGUUUUUGUGUCCUUACAAAAGAAGUGAAUAGGUACCGCCACACGUUCUUCAAAAUAUCUUCUUUUGUGUUCUGCAGAAGAAAGUCAUAUAGGACUAAAAUGAUGAGAGGCGAGUAAAUAAUGAAAAAAUUCUCAUUUUGGGCUUAAAGAUUCCUUUUAAAGGGCCACAGCAUGAAAUGCAGGAAAAUCCACACCUUCCCUCUUUUCAAAUCACUCUAUUACUUUCCUUGUUUGAUAUUAGCCUUCCUUUUUCAUUUAUCUUCUUUAGUAUUGUUUUUAGUUCCUUUAAGUUUUCAUUUAGCUAAAUAUCCCAAUUGAUAACACAAAACUGUAGUUAUUGGUCUUGGUUGUUUUUAUCUUUGUUUUGGGUUAUGGCAGUAUGUAAGACUGAUGCGUUGUGCAUAACCAAUAAAAUGUAUAUGUUGA